AUGCCAACGACCUCAAUCUCCAAGCCUAAGCAGGUCUGCGCCUCGCUGGCGCCUGGUAACAUGACACCAACGGUCCGCAUGGAGUGCGGGCCGCAGAUGCAGGCUAAACGGAGCUACGAUGAAAUAGCUUACCGGGGCACGGGGUAUGCAGAGACUGUGGGCGAGUCAGGCAGCCCUGUUCGUGCUGGCCCGGAAGGUUUCUCGGCGUCAAAACGCAAGUGCAUCAGCCUUAAUAGUGAUGGCUUUGAUGUGAAGCGAGAGAUCUUUGUCCCGUCUAAGAUGUCGUCGUCUGAGCGGCGCUACCUUCGGAAGAGAUUCCGGGCAGAGCUUGAUUCGGUUCGAGAACUCCUCAAGAAGCCAGAGUUUUUGUCCGUCAUGCCUGUCAGCAAAGCACCUGCGCUGUCAUCGUCAGCUGCCCCUCGAGCUAAAAAGGUGCAAAGGGGGAGCCAUGUUGUCCGUGGUGCCAAGGGACGCUUCUUGCCGACAAAACCCCGGCCUGAAACGUCUACAGUGUUGCCUGAAGCUACAAUUCUCAAGCAGUGCGAAGCUAUUCUGAAGAAGCUGAUGACUCAGAAAUGUAGUCAUAUUUUUAAUGAUCCAGUAGACGUGGAAAAGCUGAACCUUCCAGAUUAUAAUGACAUUAUCAAGCACCCGAUGGACCUUGGGACCAUCAAGAAGAAGCUAGAUUCUGGUUCCUACGCAAGUCCAUCUGAUUUUGCAGCUGAUGUCAGGCUGACCUUUAACAAUGCGAUAACUUAUAAUCCUCGAGGGCAUGUAGUGCAUGAUCUGGCCAUUCAACUGAAUAAAAUGUUUGAGUCCAGAUGGAGAACAGUUGAGAAGAAGUUAGCUACUGCCGCCACUAAGCCACAUGUUGAGGUUGAUAAGGCCGACUCAAAGAGGAGAAAGACCCCUCCUGUGGAACGCAGUAACUUGUCAAUAGACCGUGUCAGGCCAACUGAGAUUGUGAAGCCAAAGAUGACAAAAGAGGAGAGAGAAACCUUGGGAGACUGCUUAAGUUCUUUGGCCGAGGGUCCAGAAGAAUUACCUGGUCACAUCAUUGAUUUGUUACAACAGUGUAUGGAGAGCAAUACAGAGCAGCAUGGGGAUGGAGAGAUAGAGAUUGAUAUCCAUGCACUCAGUGAUGACGUACUAUUUGAACUUAAGAAGCAUGUGGACACGUAUUUGCAAGAGAGAGAUCAUCAGCAGACAAAAUCUCAGCCCUCUGAGAAUGAGGCUGUGAAUGUUUCUUGCCUCAGUCACUCGUCCACAAAUCCCUGCAAAGGUGCUGAGCCUGUUGAGGAGGAUGUUGACAUUUGCGGCAAUGCAUCCCCUAUAUUGAUAGAGAAGGAUCCACAGAUCAUAACUGACAAAUGUGGCAGCCCAAGUAGUUCGAGCAGUGACUCAGGAUCUUCAUCCAGCGAUUCUGACUCAGGCAGUGACAUUGAAAGCGAACCAGAAAAAGUUGUUAGCCCAGCAAAGCUUGUGAAGGGACCAGAACAACCUGCAGAGCAAGUCAAGAGUGAUGAUGUUAUAAGCCCUGUUGAUGCUAACCAGACUGCUGCUGAUGUGGAACUCCGUGAGCAGGACAAUGAAUCCAAGGCUGCACCUGAAGGGGAGAAUGCAAAACCCGACAGGCAACUCUCCCCGGACAAGCUCUUACGAGCAGCUGUUUUGAGGGGCCGUUAUGCUGAUGUAAUCGUGAAAGCUCGUGGGAUUCUCAGCCAGGGUGGAGAUAAACAGGAGGAGCUGGAGAAACUGCAGAAGGAAGAGAAAGAACGGCUUUUGGCUGAAGGCAAUGCAGCUUUGGAAGCCCGCAGAGCUGAAGCCGAAGCUGAAUCUAAGCGUAAGCUGGACCUUGAGAGGGAAAAGGCUCGUCAGGCCUUGCAGGAGAUGGAGAGAACUGUAGAAAUUAAUGACAUCGUCCAUCCCAAGGACCUAGAAAUGCUUGGUACAGUCACCACGGAACAUAUUAUGAGUUCUGUUGAUGAGACGAGUCCCGAGCAUUCCCUGGAUGGCCUGCCCAGUUUUCUUCCUGGUUCUGGCAGCAUGUUGGAAAAACUUGGACUGUUUAUGAAAGUGGAUGAGGAAGAAGAGGAAGAAGAGCCAUGCAGCAAAGAUGCAGAGGUCGGAGAAAUCAACUAA